UCAGGACGCUGUGACAUAUCGUCAUUCGGCAGUAAACCAUGUUUAAGUUAACAGUUCUGUGUGUUUGUGUUGGAACAAUUUACGGAUAUCCGCCCUUCGCUCUCAAUAUUCCUAAUGGGAAAAUAGUACCAAACCCUUGUCCGGGUUAUGAAGGUUCGUCAUGGACGCUAGUGGGACACCGAUUUCCAGAUCGUCCGCAAUUUUUGAGAGAACAGGGAAUUUUAAAAAAGAAACUGGUAGCUCAGGGAUUGAAUACCAUGGACAUGAGUAUUUCGCUUCUUAAUGUCUUUGGAGAGGCUUAUAAAAACGCCUCUCUUAGCUGGCUUGGGGUAUGCCAGGAAGAUUCUGAUGGUGAUGGUCUGACAAACGGACAGGAAUUAGGGGACCCGAAUUGUCAGUUCACCCCAAGAACACCAGGCACAGCAACACCAAUAGCAAGCAUAGGCACCCCAAUAGGACAUCCAGGAAUAUGUGACAACAGCCAAUCUGAUAUGCCAAACUGCAUAGCUCCAAUGAGUGAGAUUUGCCCUAGAGCACCCCCAGUAGCAUCUUUACCAGUCGUGUAAAUUUGAUCACAGAAAGAGGGCAGAAUGAGAUAAAGGAAUGACAGUGUUUUUAUCUGUAUAAAGACGCGUUAAAUUCUUGUUAAUGUUGUGUAAUUUAGUUAAAUAAAUAUUCUGGAUUAUACAUACUGGAUUACACAUAAUAAAAAAAACAGAAUUUUUAUUAAGAA